AUGGAGAGUAACCAGACUUUAAAGUCCAGUAUGAUGGAAGAAACAAUUGUUAAUGGCAUUGCCAAUAUAUUGAGCACCAUAACAAUAUUGUCAUGUUUGUUCCUCAAGGUGCCACAGAUUCUGUAUAUACGUGAGAAACAGUCCGCUGAAGGUAUUUACGUGCAAGCUAUGAUAAUGGAAAUAACUGGUGCAUGGGUGGCUCAGGGUGAGAGGGUGCCCUUCUGCACCCCCCUGAGUGGUUUUGCCAAAGUCACCUACAUCUACGGUAUUAUUCGUGCUGGGAACGCCGACGCUGUUUCGCUUACUACUUGGAUCAUAUCGGUGGCUACAAACCUUGCUCGCGUUUUCACCGUAUACGUUGACUCUGCCGACGCUAAAUUGAUGGCUAACUUUUAUAUAUCCACGUUGCUUAGUACUGGGGUGUUGUUGACCGCAUUGUACUACCAACGUAACCGCACACCACCACCAAUUAAAUGUCGACGAAGGAUAUCUUCUCAUCGGCGGUAUAGUCGUAAUGAUUAA